GCACGUUUUUUUCUUGGAAAUGGCGCUGGUACAAGGUGUGUGGGAGCAGUGGAGGCCAGAUGCGACUGUCACCUGCGUCGCCGCGUCAUGUCGCUAUGUCUGUGUGGCACUCGAAUACGCCGACUGUGUCGUGCUGAAGCUAUGGCGCACGUCAAGCUCCCCAACCACGGCACACCACUUCACUCCUCAGACAAGUCGCGAACUGACCGGACAUGCCGAUCGCGUCGGCUGCGCUGCCUUCCAGGGCGAUCUCCUCUGCACAGCGUCCUCUGACUGCAUUCUGGUGUGGCACAUCUCGGUAGCCGGCGGCGGGUUGACCGCGACGCGGCACAUGCUGGUGUCGUCCCCGCGGUGUUGUGUGAACGUCGUCGAGUUCGACGCAAGCGGGGGGCUCGUGGCGCUAGCGUACCACAACCAGGUCGAAGUGGUCACAGUCCAGUCCAAAGCCGUGUACAUCACGCUCGAAGGCCACCUCGCCAAGAUCACCGCCAUUCAGUUUGAUCCCCAGCAGCCGCACGUUCUCGUCACGGGCUCGGAAGACCGCACGUUCAAGGUAUGGGAUUUGGCGGAGCAGUGUCUGCGGUACCAGUCGGCGGUGCUGUCAGCUCAUUCGAUCCUCGCAGUAGCGAUCCAUCCUACCACAAGCGACAUCUGCAUCGGGUUUGCCGACGGCACAGUGCGCAUUUACCAUCACUUUGCCACGGAAUUAGCGGCGUUGGCUAUCGGAGCGCACAUUCACAAGCUGGAACAGCAUCACCACGUCAUAGCGUUCGUGGAUGCGACGCUCGCGGCAACGCAAAACGUCGUGAGCUCGUUGCCGCCGUGGGCGCGCAGCCAGAAUGCGACCGCGAGCGCCAUGGCGAGGCACUUGCUGGCUGCGUCGAGUAGUCGGAAUUUAUUGCCGCCAGAGCUGGACGCCAAGUCGACGCCUGUGGUCGAAGUGGCGUGCACAAUCUUAAGCUUACAUUACGUCGUGUUAGCUGCUGAGCUAGAGCUACAGUCCGUCUUGCCAGCGUCACGACAAGUGCUUCUAGUUGGCACGACCAACCACGUCAUGUGUGUCGAUGCGCUGUCGUAUCAACUGACGACCGUCCAUUCAUUCCAAGCUCACGCGCCUGUGGUGGUGGGAAUGGCAGCUAGCGUAGCCAUGACAACAGCAGCAGCACCGUCGUCGUCGUUUCCCAGCCCAGUGGAAGAUGACCCGGGACUGAUAAACAUGUGGAUCAGUAGCGCCUUCCAGCCAUGUAUCACUCGGCUACAAGUCACCGCCAAUUCAAAGGCGGCCGCGUUCAAUAUGACCGAGCCAGAUGGUUCCAACUACAGCUCCAUCAGCAGAAACAACCAAUCGGAAUCUCUGUCGAUGGUGCCGCAAACAUCCCCCCCCAAGACUUCUAUUUUGUGCCUCUCCCCACUACUACUACAGCUACAGGAUGUCUCGAAGCACUCUAAAGUCCAGGGGGAUCACCCCGUGACAUUUCACAGUCGGAUCAAAUCGAGUGGAUAUGGCUCCUCCUCACAACAACGAAAGCCAUCGUCGAAAUUCGCCGCCUGCGUCAAGACUUCAUCUAGGACUAAAAACAUCCACAUCGCUUCAAAGUCUUCAUCUUUCCCGUCGUAUCCUAUGGACAGUCACCGCUUGACCCGGCUAGAUAGCUCCAAGACCCGGCUCAAGUGGCACCAAGGAUGUAUUAACCACGUCGCAUACACCGCGGAUGGAACUAGUUUAGCAUCUGCCGGCAACGACCGAUUGGCUCAAGUUACGUCGGCCGGUACGUUGAAGAAGCCCGACUUGUUGGUCGGCCACGAGCAUCAUGUCAAGACUGUGCGGUGGAGCCUCUCUGGACGGUACCUAGUCACAGCGUCCACCGAUAAGACGGCUCGCGUGUGGGGGGUGCCCUGUGACGUGGCGUCUCUCACGCUUCCUUCCACAAGUGGAAGCGAUAUCUGCGACGCUGCGUUCUAUUACAUGGACAAGUUUGUGGUCGUGGCGAUGGGCAAUAAAGUGAACGUGUUUCAGUACGUUGUCGACGACAAGCAUGCGCAGCACGUCAACACGUCCGACAUUGCCAGGCUCGAGAACCACAGCAGAGCCAAAAAGGUCGCCGCAUACCACUUGGACGCGGUCAAAGCUAUUACCUCUGUCACAUGUGCCAACGCCACCUUGUCGCAUUUGCUUGUCGUGGCUGCGUCCGACAAGAGCAUCCGCAUCAUCGACGUGAGCGUGGGCAAGACGGCGCGGGUGAUCCAGGCAGCACAUGCCACCCGCGCGCCGCACACGGUACGUCGUUAUAUGUGACACUGUGUGAUGGGCUUUUUCACGAGAAUGAUGUACAGUUGAAAUCGUAUGGCCAUGAAAGGCGUUGACCACGUUCUGGUCGUUCUCAAGAUGGGCUAACUUGUUGGAUGUGACACUGUGUGAUGGUCUUUGUAAAGGAACGCGAAUGAUCUACUAGUUUAUACGGUCGCCCUCUAUAUUUAGGCUACACUUGUGUUCACUCUGUAUCGUUAGAAUAUGGAGUGUGUUUAUGGGUCUAGGUGGUGAUCCCGCAAGCCUCUGCCUACGUCAGCCAUUCGCCAGACGUGUCCAACCUGGUGCUGUCCGCCGCCUGCGACAACGCGAUGCAUCUGUGGGACAUUCGCGCCGAUAAUUGCGUACUUCGGUUCGGCGAACAUGCCAACCGAGUGCACGCGGUGGGCUGUGCGUUCAGUCCAUGUCUGCGAUACGUGGCGGCGGGCUCCGAGGACAAAGUCACGCACUUGUACGACCUCCGCACGGGUCGGACGCUCGACAAGCUGCACGGACACACGGACGUGGUCACGGCGGUGGCCUUCCAUCCAGUCAAGCCGUGGCUCUGCACCGCCGCCGCGGACGGCAGCGUUCGUUUUUAUGGCCCCGCAAACGACUAAAUUAAACGAUAAACCACGAUAGAUUGAUUGCCUAGGUACUGUUCGUCGUGUUGAUCUAACUCACUAUAAAUGCCAAAUAACUCUGACCAAGAAUAAUCCCAU